AGAUUAAAUCCAGUAAAUCUGAUAUUUCUGAAGUGUAUAAAGAGGAUUUUCGCAGAAUUUCUCAUCAAUUUCACCGAGUUUCCACAUAUUUCCCCUGAUCUUCCAAUUCAAAACUGAGCUUCGUGGAAUUGGCACGAGCACUAGUGUCGCUCACGAUAGCGCCACGCAGCGGAAAAAACCCGCGAAAUCAGACAACAAAAUUUUCAGCAAAAUGGUGGCAUUUACUUUUGUGUGGUGAGGAAAAACAGUGAAAAAGUGUGGGAAAUCCUCGAGUAUUGCGCGUAGAGUGAUGCAAAAACGGUUGGCGUGCGUGUCACUGUUCGGCACAUACUGGUGAUUUCGCCACAGCACCACGCAAAGCGGCCAGAGAGCGGUGAAAAGCCUUCGGACUCUCCUGAGAUGCUGAAAUUGUCUUCACGGCGAGAAUGAAUGAUUUGAGUAAGGAAGCCGCCUCGGUGGUCGCACCGGGGCCGUCAGCGUGGGAUCAGCUCACAGGCGUGGCGGCCGCCGCGGCGCCCCUCGUCACGGCGCCCCCCGCGGACUCCCAGGCGCUCAGCAGUCCUCCCGCCACUCCCACGAAGCCCAGUCUCACCUCCCCGCCGCCGGACGCGGUGGCGCACACGCCCCAGGGCGCCCCCCUCGCCUCGCCCGUGUACACGGAGGAGCUCCAUCCGGACCUCAUCGCCCAGGGGUGGCGCAAGUUCUGGUCGAAGCGCGAGAAUCGGCCGUACUUCUGGAACAAGGCCACCAACGAGAGCCUCUGGGAGCCGCCGAGCUUCGCGCGGCCGCACGGCACGUUCGAUCCGGUGACGGAUCCGCUGGGCAUCUGCAAUGCGCCGCCCAGCCAGGGCAACGCCCAUCAGCAGCUCAAGAGGCGCUCCUCGGAGGAUCCCGGCCAGCCGCCGCUCAAGAAGUUCAUCCUGGCCGGGCCGUGGGACCUCGAAAUACCCACGAAUGUGAUCAUCCUGGAGCGGCCGCCCGCCACCAUGCUGCAUCCGCACCCGGAGAUCGAGCUCAUGCGCUCCACCUACACGCUGAAGCUCUUCCGGACGUACGAUGAUCUCUGCCAGCGCCGGGAGAACAUCAAGGCGCCGAAGGAUUCCUUCAAUCGCUGGCUGAUGGAGCGGAAGUGCGUGGAUCGCGGCUUCGAUCCGCUGCUGCCGACUCAGUGCUUUCCGGAGGUGUCGCCGUCCAUGUAUCGUGAGAUCAUGAAUGACAUCCCCAUCAAGAUCGUGAAGCCCAAGUACACGGGCGCGGCGCGCAAGCAGUUGUCGCACUACGCGGAGGCGGCCAAGAACAUCAUCGAGAACCGCUCGGCGCCGGCGGAGAGCAAGAAGGUGGUGAAGUGGAAUGCAGAGGAGACUUUCCAGUGGCUGAGACGCACCGUGGGCGCCAGCUAUGAGGACUUCCAGGAUCGCCUGGCGCACCUCAAGCGCCAGUGUGAGCCGCACCUCGUCGAGACGGUGCGCGAGAGCGUGGAGGCGCUCUGCACGAAGGUGUACCACUUCGCCGGCGACCAUGCGCGGCGGAUCCGCGAGCGGCACGUGCAAUUGCUGACGGAGAGCGGCAUCCAUGAGCCGCCCGGGGCGCCGCCACCGCCGCCGGUGGCGCGCAAAGUGUGGUGCUAUCCAGUGCAGUUCAUGAUCCCGUCGCCCAGGAUGCCCGUGGUGGAGUACAUCCAGGACAGGGAUCACAUGGUCAUCAAGUACUCGCAGACGAGUCAGUCGCAGGCGGACACGCAGUACAUCAAUCACACGCACCUGCAGAAGAUGGAGCAACUCUAUCGCUACAGCUGCUAUGACGACAAGAAGUUCGAGCUGUUCAUCGGGCGUGUUUUCUGCGUGCUGAAGCGCUACCAGACGUUCCUGUGCAAUACAUCGCCCGCCAGCCAGGAGGCGGAGCUCACGCAGGCCUGCCUGCCCGUGACGGUGUUCGAGUGUCUCCACAGGCACUUUGGCGUCACCUUCGAGUGCUUCGCCAGUCCGCUGAACUGCUACUUCCGCCAGUACUGCUCGGCCUUCAGCGACACGGACACCUAUUUCGGCUCCAGAGGGCCUUUCCUGGACUUCAAGCCACUCUCGGGCUCCUUCCAGGUCAAUCCGCCGUACUGUGAGGAGUUGAUCGACGCCACUCUGCAGCACAUCGACAAACUGCUCACGGACUCGUCGGAGCCGCUGAGCUUCAUCGUGUUCCUGCCGGAGUGGAAGGAGCCCGUGCUGCAGUGUUUGUCGCGCAUCGAGGAGAGCCACUACAAGAGGCGACAGGUGGUGGUGCUGGGCAUGGAGCACGAGUACCGCCAUGGCUAUCAGCACGUGCUGCAGAAGGCGGAGGUGAACGUGAAGAGCGUGCAUGGCACGAUGGUGGUGUGGCUGCAGAACAACGCCGGCUUCGCCCGAUGGAAUCCCACCGAUAGUCGCGUGGAGGCGCUGCUGGAGGCCUUCAGGCCGGGUCGCGAGCGGGAGCGUGAUAAAAUCCCGCAGGCAGAGCCGCCGAGUAGUCAGCCGACUGAAGUGGCCACGGAGGUGAAGUGAGAGGAUCUUGUUCUUAUAGGUUUUAUUGGUAUUGAAGAGAAGAAGAAGAAGAAGAAAAACUAUUACUUUGUCUGUUUCACAAGUGUUUUUUGCGCGCGCCAGAGAGAGGAAAAGAUGUAACAAUCUAACUUCACAUUCAACACAAACACACACACACACCUAAGCGUAUGUUUUUAAAGAUAGAGAAAGAGAAAGAGAGAGAGAGUGAAAUGAUUUUGAGAUGGAAUUUCGACAAGAAUAGAAGAAAAAACCUAUUAAUUUUAAUUCAAUGUUCAUUAAUCUCGUCUAGUUGAUGUUGAAAACAAUAGUUAAAAAAAAAUGAGAAUUUUUUGUGGAUAAGAAUUUAGAUGGAUAAGAAAUCAUUGUCGACAGAGAAAUGUAAAAGAGAGAGAGAGAGAAAAGAUAUAAAAUGCCAUAUAAAGAAAGAGGAAAAUCCUAUUCGUGAGACACUGGGCUAAAAACAGUGUCCCAAAUAAUUGUAAAUAAUUCCCUUUUGUAAAGAGAGAGAGAAAGUGAGGUGAAAAAAAGCCCUGCAAAUUGCAUAUUUUUCUUUAUAACACUGAAGUUUCACUUCUUCUUUUUUGUUCUUUUCCUUGAGGAUAAGUGAAAUGAGAGGAGGAAGGAUUAUCGAGGAGUGUAACUAAAAGACACAUUCAAUGUAUUAAAUGUUCCAGUUGUGUAAUUUUUCCACACCAUCUUAGAGUCAUAAAGUUGCAUGUUUGUUAAAAUAAAAAUGGCAAAUUGAUCCGGAGACACAUUUUCAUCUCUUAGUUUAAGAGUGCUCAUGGUCACAAAGAGAGAAACGGAGAGAAAGAGAGAGAAAAGCAAGAACAGUCUUAAAUUGAUAAAUGAUGGAAAUUGGGCGGAGAGAGAAUGGAAAGUCAGAGGCAAUGAAUUUUGUCCGAAGAGACAAUUUUGUUCCUCGGCAAGGAAAGGCAAAACGGUGAAGUUCUCCUUGACUUUGGCUUCCCUUUUUGCGCGCUCCGAAGAGAGAAAAGAUAAAUUCAUCACUGUCGAGGAGGAAAAUAGCACUCAUAAGUUUCCACUCGGUGAGAAAUUCAUCCCUCUGAUUGUUUUAGUCCUUCCGCUGUGUUUUUGGCGUGAGUGGAAAUGAAAAAAAAAGGUGAAAAUCGACAUGGAAUUUCGGCUCAUCUUCAUUCCUUUUUUUUUCUCCGCCAAACGAACACUCUAAAUCUUCAUGUUUUCUUGAAUUUCUUGUUUUGGCAAACGAAGAAAGGAAAGGUAGAGAAGAAGCAAAGAAACGAAGAACCAACUCAAGAAAUAGCGAGUAAAAGAGUAGUACAAAUUAGUUUUUCCUUUGGAGGGUUGAAAAUGUAGCGUUUUAAGAUGAUGACAAUUUCUUAGAUUCGAGCACUUCAUUCCGCGCAUCGACAAUUUUUUUUUUGGUUUUUACUUCGCAGAGAGAAAGAGAAAAGCAGUGUUGAUAAAUUUUUCGGUAGACAUUAAGAUUUUGUCCCAUUUGAUGAGGUCUUUGUAAAAAAAAAUCUCCACAGACGAUCUUUUGGCAUUAAUAUUUGUUAAGUGUUUUAACAGUCAUAAUUUUCACUGUACAUUUGGCUAUAAUGAAAAUUUCAAUAAAAGAAAAGUGAUGAAAAGUAAAAA